AUCCGCUCCAUUUCUUGUCGCGUGUGCUGCCGCCAUUUUGAUACGCUCUCUUGUCUAUAAUUUUGAAUAGAUCGUCUUUAUGGCAAGGCUUUCCUGGCGGGAUAAUUAUGUAUGAAACAUUUUGAUAUGGAAUCCUGGUCUGAUUUGUGUCGGUGCUGCCUGUCUCCCGAUUCUGAGGUGUCACUUUUCGACACUGAGGAAAAUGUUCGAGAAAAAUUUUUGGAAAUCACCACAAUCGAGGCAAAAGAGGACGAUGGCUUGCCUCAAAGGCUGUGCAGUGAUUGUUUCACACUUAUGACAUCAGCAUAUCAAUUUCGCAUACAAUGCAUGAAAGUAGAUAAGGAAUUAAAGUUACAAUUAGAUACACUGAUAACUAAGAGCAAAGAUGAUGACUAUUCACAAAUUGAAACACAACUUAAAGCUAGUGAGGAUAUGACUAUUGAAGACAUUGCAAAAGAAUCUAUGAAGAAACUAGAAUCUAUCAUUAAAAGAGAACCAAAUGAUAGUGACGAUGAUUAUUACUAUGUUGUAGUAGUUGAUAACCAAAAAGAUAAUAGUGAAAAAUCCGACGAUGAGCCAGUUGUUGAAAAUAUGGAGAUAACAGAAUUAACAACACAAGGAAAUGUAAAAUUGCAAGCAACAAAAGAGCAAGACCCAAACAACUUUGAAAAUACAAUUGAUUCAUUUCUCAUAACUAAACUAAAAGUUCCAAAUGACGUGCCAGCUACAAUUUUAGAAAAUGAGGAACAAGAUACUGGAGAUCAAUUUAAUGAAAACAUGAAUGUAGAUACAGACAAUGCAGAUAUACAGAACCAAGAUUUUACAAUUAUUGAAGAUUCUCAAGAAAAGCCUCAUGAAUUUACACUUCCACUUAGUGAUGAAAUGCUAAAAGAUCUUCCAAAUGCAAAGAAUUUUAUCAAAAUACUUACACCAUCGGGUGCAGAAAGAACAAUUCUACUUAAGAGUGAUGAUGGCAUUAAAUACGUAACAGAUUCUCAAUCUCUUAAAUAUGAAGACGGGGAUUCAAUGUCACAAGAAGUUAUAUUAUAUGAGGGUGAUGACUCUCCUCAGUUCCAAUUAGUUAAGUGUGAUGGUUCUGAGCUAGUUAUAGAGUAUGCUGAUGAUAGUCAAAUAGCAACUGUGCUACAGCAGGAGGAUGGAACUUUCCUGUGUGACUGUGGAGAACAAUUCGAUGAUUUAGACACUUAUGAGAAACAUCAAUACAAACACAACCCAGCUGGUGAUCACUUAUGCAAUCUAUGUGGUAAGGGCUUUGAAACUGCCGAAAUUUUAACAGGCCACAUGCUACUACACAGUAACCCAGUAGGUCUACUUGUUACUUGCCCAUUUUGCAAUCAAAAUAUAAAGAGAAACACUCUCACCCAACAUAUUAAAUACGUUCAUAAUAGUAAACCCCAAUGUGAUAUAUGCUCAAAGACAUUUGCAAAUCAAAAUAACUUGAAACGACAUAUGAUGAUCCACAGUGGUAUUAAAGAUUUUGAAUGUGAUAUCUGCCAUAAAAGAUUCCAUCAAAAAAUUACGAUGCAGACUCAUAGGUUAACUCAUGUCAAUCCAUACACUUGUAGUCAGUGCGGUAUUAAAUUCGAAAAUAAAUCUGACCUAACAACACAUAGAGGAUCAGAUGAAUGUUCGAAAUCAAGAUUAGUUAAAGUAAAAGAGGAACUAAUGAAAACCGUUAAACAAGAAGUUACAACUAAUUUUGGAAAAUUGUUAGGCUAUGCGUGUUCAUUGUGUAAGAAAAUGUUUUCUGUAGAAUCGGCAUUAGAACAGCACGUGGAAAGCACUCAUAUUGUUGAUUCCGAUGCUCAGAACACCGAGAAAAACUUAAAAAAGACAACGAAGAGAUUUGAAUGUUGUAUUUGUGGUAAAGGAUGUGCCAGUCAAGCUAUGUUAAUAAUGCAUGAAAGGGUACAUACAAAUGAACGACCAUUUCCUUGUCAGCUUUGUUCAUUACGUUUUAAAACAAAGACUCACUUACGGACACAUCAACUCACACAUACAAGGGAAAAGAAAUUUGGUUGUUCAGUAUGUAUGAAGUUCUUUGCACUAAAAGGAAACUUAGUUGUGCACUUAAGGACGCAUACUGGGGAGCGCCCGUAUGUAUGCUCUAUUUGUGGGGAGGCAUACAUUGAUUCUAAAUAUCUGAAAAAGCACAAAUUGAAGAAACAUGCAAUUGACAAUGUACCUUGGAAUAAGUACUGAAUAUGCUGAUAAACCAAAAGAAAAAUAUACAAUAUUAAUUGUGUAUAUACUACCUUCAGAGAUGAGUUUAUAUAAGAAGAUAUGUACUAGUUAACAAUUUAUUUUUUUAUUGCUUAUCUUAUUUCAUUACAAAAUAUCUAAAUCUGUAGAACUCAAUAUCAUUUAUAAAAAUUGGGUUUAUAAAAAUGGGCUUUUGUUUUUGGUUAAAUUAUGUAAAAUUAGUUUAUGUCCUCUGCCAUUAUUAAAAAAAAAACUGUAAAUAUUAUUACUAAGGCAAGGCCUGUAAGUACGCAUUAAGAUUUAUAAGAAAAAUAAAACGUUUUAGAUAAAA